AUGGGGUGGCCCUGUCCAUCACUCGAAACAAUCACGGGCCUUGUGAUAACCGUUCCGCAUCUCCGCCGCAAUGGAGCGCCAGGGGUCUCCAACCAGCCGCCGCCGGCGAAGCGCCCAAGAGAUUCAAGCCCCACAAGCACCACCACCAUCCACUCCCUCACGGACGACCUCCUGCUCCGGAUCUUCCUCUGCCUCCCCUCCCUCGCGACGCUCGUCCGCGUCGCGCUCGCCUGCCGGGCGUGGCGCCGCGCGGUGGUCUCCUCGCCGGACUUCCGCCGCCGCUUCCGGGAGCACCACCCGGCGCCCCUCCUCGGCUUCUUCUUCGAGCCCCCCAGCCCCGUCCAACACCCGGCCCUCCCGGCUUUCCCCUCCUUCCUCCCCGUGCGCCGCCGCGAAAGGGACCUAUCCGUCGCCCUCCGCGGCGGCGACUUCUUCCUGACAUGCCUCCAGCAGCACCCCUGCAUGGCCCACUCCUGGGACAUCCUCGACCGCCGCGGCGGUUACGUCCUCCUCUGUAAUGUUGACCAGUCAAGUUGCCAUGGCACUGCCGCGGAGCUCAACGCCUGCUUGCUCUGCUCCGAGGAGGAGCCCGCAUUGUUCCGGGUGGUGCAUCUUGCCUACGACGAGUCCAGGGUGCGGGCUACUGUCUUCUCCUCGGACACCUGUGAGUGGAAAGUUCACCCCUGGGUUGAUGUCCCAGGGAGACCACGGCGAUCAAAAUCGUGGCUUCUGAACAGUAGCAUGCAAUCAAAUGGGUUCUUGUACUGGGUUUACAAGAAUUACAAGUAUAUGGUCACGCUGAACACGGCGACAAUGGAGUUCUCUGCCGAGGAGCUCCCUCUGUUCCUGAAGAAUCGGUGCUGCAGCUUCAGCGUCGGGGAAACAAACAACGGUGUGCGCUGUAUUGCCUAUGCUACUGACUUCACCGUUGGUGUGAUGCUGCGAAGAACAGAUGGCGAUGGCACUGAGAAGUGGAUGCUGGACAGGGCCACCCCAUUAGAUGCACAACUUGAUGGGGUUCUCAGGAAACAGAAGUGCAACUAUGAUGAGCUCCUGGUUGUGGCAGUCAGGAAUGGCUUUGUGUACUUGGCAACUUCAAAUAAGAUCAGUGAUUCUGCGAACCCAAGUUGGUUCUUGUCGCUCUGCCUGGAAACGAUGAAACUGGAGAAUUUGUUUCAGAGGACAUAUGACGGUGCUGCACAACCCUAUGUUAUGGCAUGGCCUCCUUGUUUAGUUGCUAACAAUGGGAGUUCUCCACUUGAUGCUGGUAUGAAGUGUAUUAAGUGCCUUCAAAGGAGGAAGGAGAGGAUAUAA